AUGUCCUUCGAGGCUCUGGCAGAAAAAGCGGCCAGCCUAGCUGUUACUGCGGGUAAAUCUGCGGCUGAAGCCAUUACGCAACACGGGCCCCAGGCUGCAGGAGUGGCUGCUGCGUGGACCGCUCAAAAUCCAGGGCUGGCUGCUUGCGGGGCGGCUGGGCUUGUUCUCGUUGCUGCACCUGGCAUCGUUGUUGCACCGGUGCUCUCUGUCGUCGGGUUUGGAGCCGGCGGCGUUGGAGCAGCGACCUCUGCUGCUGCCAUCCAAUCUGGAAUCGGAAACGUUGCAGCCGGUAGUGCUUUCGCCAUUGCGCAAAGUGCAGGAGCUGCAGGCGCGGGUCUGGCCGUCAUCAAUGGAGCUGUCCAAGGAGCCGGCGUUGCUAUUGCCGCUGGUAGUGGAGGACUUGCGUGGAUUCAAUCGAGGCUCUGA